GUUCCAGGUGGUAUUUCAUUUGUUAGUAGAGACAGGGAAGGGGAAAAUCAUCUUAUCCACAUAUUACACCUGAAUUCUGGUUACCAGUCCUGUGUGGGGACUCUGGUUGCCCCUCAGUGGGUGUUGACGGCAGCACACUGCUUCUUACCGGAUCUCCAGGUGAUCUUUCAUGGUGGUUCCCGAAAUUCUCAAGUCUUUCCUGGGGAGAUUCUACCUUAUGAAGAGAUCAUCAUUCACCCAAACUUCACUGUCACUUCUCCUAAAAAUGACCUAAUGCUGAUAAAGUUGUCUAUAUCUCUCACCUUCUUCUCCAGCCAGAUUUUUCAGUUGCCUACUCUCAAGAAGAAUCCAAUUAAAGAUUGCUUGAUUCACACCUGGUUACAGAAUGAAUUUGGACAUCGACACGGUAAUGUGCACAGCAUUAAGGCUCAAAUAAAUUCUGAUUUAAACUGCAAAAUAUUCCUGGGUGAAAAAUUCCUUGAAGACUUUUUCUGUUUCGGAGACAUACUAGGAAGCAAAGAGCAGUGCCAGGUGGUCACAGCUGCACCAGCCAUAUGUGGCAGGGAAUUACAAGGAAUUAUGUCUUGGGCAAACGGAUGUAUUCUGACAGGACACAGUGUUGUUUUCACUGACCUCUACAGCUAUACUCCAUGGAUCAACAGCAUUAUUUCUACAAAACAAGCUGAUAUAGAGCUCCACUGACACCCUUAAUUACCAGCUUAUCCACGGCAACCACAUUAUGUAUGUUAGUCUCAGUCUUUUCUGGAAUCUAGGCUCAACUGGAAUUUCAAAAGAGAUCAGUGAUGACUCCUGGGUGUUGACAUGACACUAGUUUCUUU